CUCGCCACGGCCGGUGGGGCUAGUGGGGCCUGGCCCCGCGGCGGUUCUUCUGCGGUACUGAGGUCGCCCCAAGGGGUUGCGUCCCGGGAUGCCCGGGACCCUCAUGGCCUGGUGACUCGAGACCCGCUCCUUCCAAGCUCCUCUCCACCCUGCAGACGGUCUUUUUAAUGUCCUUCAAUAAAGUUUUACCAUUUUGUUCCCGGCAUUUUGGACCACACUCUGAUGGCCAUUGCUGCAUGUAUGGUUAUGUAGAUGCAUUUUGUGCAUCUGUCGGAGAGUCUGGUGCUUCUAGUAGGGUACCAGGCGAUGGCGGCAUUCCACCUGUCUGCCCUGCCGCAGGUGAGCAUCCAUUUUCCCUGGGAGGUGUGAAGUCUCCUCUGCCUCAGCAGGCUGAGGUGACCUUUGAGGACGUGGCCGUGCUAUUCUCCCGGGAGGAGUGGGGCCGUCUGGGCCCUGCUCAGAGGGGCCUCUACAGGGACGUGAUGCUGGAGACCUACAGGAAUCUGGUCUCCCUGGGAGCUGGACAUGCAGGUCCCAAGCCUGGGGUGAUCACACAGUUGGAGCGAGGGGAUGAGCCGUGGGUCCUGGAUGCACAGGGUGUCAAGGGGAAAGGGCGACGAAGAGUGAGUGUCUCAGCUCAUGGGACCCGGACUGAGUACAAUGAGUUGUCUUCGGGAGACAUGCUUGAUGGGGAAGAACUGGAUCAGCUUCAGAUGGCUGUUUCUCAGGGACCUGAGACUGGAGAGGCCCAUGCAUGUGUCAGGGAGCCAGAUGGGAGCCUGGACAAACCUGCGGAACGGAGAUGCCUGAGACCAGUCACAUGGACCAAUGAGGAGAGCUGCCAGGAGUCUGCAGGGGGCCUCACGUUCCGGUCAGGCUCCGUCUCUGACCAGAGACCUCACCAAUGUGAUAUAUGUGAACAAAGUUUCGAACAGAGAUCAUACCUCAAUAACCAUAAGCGUGUACACAGGUCAAAAAAGACAAACGUAGUUCAUGAUUCUGGGGAAUCCUUCAGUGCAAAUAUAGCUAAAGAAGAUCAGAAAAUUCCUCUUGGGAAAAAAUUGCAUUAUUGUGGUUACUGUGGGAAAGCCUUCAGGUACAGUGCUAACCUCGUCAAACACCAGAGGCUUCACAGUGAAGAAAAGCCCUACAAGUGUGAAGAGUGUGGUAAAGCCUUCAGCCAGAGCUGUGAGUUCAUCAAUCACCGAAGGAUGCACUCAGGGGAGAUCCCCUACCGGUGUGGUGAGUGCGGGAAGACGUUCAACCAAAGGCCCAACCUCAUGAAGCAUCAGAGGAUUCACACCGGGGAGAAGCCCUACAAGUGUGGUGAUUGCGGGAAACACUUCAGCGCCUAUUCUUCCCUUAUUUAUCACCAGAGAAUCCACACUGGAGAGAAACCCUAUAAGUGCAGUGACUGUGGGAAAGCCUUCAGUGAUGGCUCAAUCCUCAUCCGACAUCGUCGCACUCACACUGGAGAGAAGCCAUUUGAGUGUAAAGAAUGUGGCAAAGGCUUCACCCAAAGUUCUAACCUUAUCCAACAUCAAAGAAUUCACACUGGGGAGAAACCCUAUAAAUGUAAUGAAUGUGAGAAAGCCUUCAUCCAAAAAACCAAACUUGUUGAACAUCAGAGAAGCCACACUGGGGAGAAGCCCUAUGAAUGUAAUGACUGUGGCAAAGUCUUCAGCCAGAGCACACACCUUAUCCAGCAUCAGAGGAUCCACACGGGAGAGAAGCCGUACAAGUGCAGUGAGUGUGGGAAGGCCUUCCACAACAGUUCCAGACUCAUCCACCACCAAAGGUCACACCACGGGGAGAAGCCGUACAAAUGCAGCGAUUGCAAGAAAGCCUUUAGCCAAGGUACUUACCUCAUCCAACACCGGAGGAUCCACACUGGGGAGAAGCCCUAUAAGUGUGGCAAGUGUGGGAAAGCCUUCCGGCACAGUUCCAACAUGUGCCAGCAUCAGAGGAUUCACCUCCGGGAAGACUUCGCCAGGUGACCGUGGAAGAGGGCCCAUGAGUUCUGCUGUGCACUUCCCCAAUGUGACCACCCCCCACACCCUCUAUCUGUUGUCCAUACAGCGUUGUCACAGAUGAAGGGCAUUUCUAAUUAGAAACAGACAAAACUCUUUUUUUCUUAAACCCAAAGCAGUGCAUGUUUAUUUUAGAUAAAUUGAGAGAGAGGUAAGCAAAAAGGAGAAGUUCUUGUAAUCUCCCUCACUUAGAAAAUGAAUCCAUUACUGCUGAUUCAAUAUAAACUUCCUUUCACACAGUUCAGAGCGUUAUCGAAAGAAAAUGCUACAUGCUUGACGUUGCAGCACGUAGGAUCUUCACUUUUACUGGUUCCUGGAUCCUAGAAAACUCACACUGGAAAGAAGCAUACAUAUUUACAUAUUUUUAAAUCUUGUAAAUUUUAAAGAUUAGCAUAAUUUUGAUGCUUUUCUGUGUAUCUUAAUAGAGUUGAUAAUUGCUGUUUUUAUUGUGGUAAAAUAUACAUAACCUAAAAUUUAUCAUUUUUACCAUGUUUAGAUGUACAGCUCAGUGGCGUUAAAUAUACUCACAAUGUUGUAUUACCAUCACCACUAUUUCCAGAACUGUUUUACUCUCUGAAGCAGAAACUCUGUACCCAUUAAAUAA